CCCACUUGUAGGGUUGAUAUGUACCUGGCGACGACAACAUGGCCGUACCUGGAUAACAUACCUGUAGACUUCUGUGUGCAGGUGUAAAAGUCUCGUUGUGGCAAUGAACACUAUAUCAAUACAAAGUAUGUGCAAAUUUCUUCGGAUUUGUAUUACCUGUAUAUGAUUAGAAUACAAAAAUGGGAUUUCACCGUACAUAGUGAUAUAAGGACACCGGUAGUAAUAUUACAGGUAUAUAGUGUGUAUAUGUGUUGAAUUAGGCCUGUGUAUACUAAUAAUGCUGGCGAUUUAUCGUCAAUCAGUGUGAUUUUUUACGAUUUGGAUUAGAGAACCAGGCCGAAAUGUCGGAGCUAGAACAGGGGGAGAGUCUGGCCAGGCCCUACACGGUGGGGACCUUUCAGACCAGACUCAACGAGUUCCAACAUUUCAUUAAGGAAAUCACGUUCCAGGAUGUAGAGGCGACACCUGAGGAAAGGCGACAGAUGAUCACAGAGAGUCUCCGAUUUGACCAAUUCUGUGAUGCUAUCCGGUCGCUAUUCGGGAGUGAUGUGAAAAACACGGACUUGAAGGCUAUUUACCGUAAGAUUUCCACCAAUCCGGACGCUAAGGUCGACUGGAGCGAGCUGUUCGGGUAUUUCCAGUCGAGUGCGGAAGAGAGUGAAGAGAUCGUUCUAGGAGAGGAAGUCAGCGUCUUCACGGUCUCCAAACGGCGACGGGUCGGCGAAGCCGCCGGUGACAAGACACGACGGGACACUGUGCAAUGUAUUCGAUACGUACCUUCACUGGACAGUUACAUCUCAGCCUCACAGAAAGGCGCUAUAGCGAUGUGGAGCAGUAAGCUACGACUGACGAGCUGUAUAGACGUUAAUGAGCCAGCGUGGGUGACGGGCUGCGACUAUCUCCCGGGAAUAAGACGUGCUGUUACAUGUACAGAACGGAGCAUCGUUAUUUGGGACAGCAGGUCAAAGGGCAAAAAUCAGCAAAUAUACUCAAUAAAACCGUUUGAGAAUUCCCCUCAAUGUAUAACCCACGUGACAAACACUUCUGGUGCGCACGAAGACAUAGUCCUGUUUGGCGACGAUCAAGGUUACGUAAACGCUAUGAGGCUUGUGGCCAAGGACCUCAACACAAAGAGUUCCAAGAACGACAAACGUGGCAAUAUCAACCUUCCACAGAACUACCCUAUCGACCCGGAUAAACUCACAUAUCCCAUAGCAAAGAGAAAACUACACCACGACUGGGUACUAAACGUCAAGUACUUCCCGGAGCUGCGUUGUUUCGCUUCCUGUUCCCCCCAUAGUCGGCAAUCCUUUGUGCUGGAGGAGGUGGAACGUCUCUACGAUGAUCAAGAAGUGCGGGGUGUGAACAUACACAAGGGAGUUAACUGCUUCGCGUACUGUGCCAAGGCUAAUAUCAUAGCAACGGGAGGUGUGGACAAGGUCAUCCGGGUGUGGCAUCCCCACAUCUUUUCACGGCCGACAGGAAAACUGAUGGGUCAUUUAUUUACAAUAGUAGAUAUAUGUUGUAAUGAGCGGGACCAGCACCUGAUAAGUUUGUCGACGGCGAGGGUGUUCCGAGUGUGGGAUAUUCACACCUUAACAUGUUUACAGGUAUUCACCGAUAAUGAAGAACGACCGGGGGAGAAACGGAUAUACUCCAUGAUAUUUGAUAGCAAGCACGAACGUUUAAUUACAGGGUCAAGUGUGAUAGACGCAUGGCCUUUGACCCGGGCGGUUCAGGAUACCAUGCAGGUGCCCCACUCGCACGACCGACCCAUCAGCCAAAUAGUGCUCAACCUUGACCUGAACCAGGUCAUCACCGUCUGCUCAGAAUCCGUCAUAAAGGUUUGGGAAAUAGAGACGGGCAAGAAGGUUUAUAUGAUAGCCGAUGCACACGGCCCCAACAUUGAAGUGACUGCAGUGUGUCUGGAUAAAUCAGGCUACAGAUUGGCGACCGGUGCUUUCGAUGGUUCUGUGAAGGUAUGGGACUUUGGAUCCGGACAGGAGAUAAAAAGUCGGUCGGGUCGAGCCUCUGAUGAGGACUACAGUAUUACAGGAAUGAUGUAUACACACCUGACGGGAGACAGGGUCAUUCUGGCAGCAGGCUGGAACAACAAAAUCAAACUUAUACUAGAUACGAACGAGAACUACGACCUCCCGAUUGUUCGGGAGUUCUCGGACGUUUACUACUGGACUCAGGACGUGAAGCUAACCCCUUCUAAUUCCUCGGCUGACCCUUUUAAGCCAGAUCCCCUUCCAGACAUCGGUCAGCCAUCACAUACAUCGCUAGGGUCCAAACGUCACUCGACCAUGUCCGAUAAUAACGCUCAAAUCACAAAUGUGUUCAAAAAAGAUUAUAUUCUGACGUCACACGAUGUGACGUGUGUUGAGAAUCUUCUGCCCAAUACGUUACUGACCGGCUGUUCUAACGGCAAUAUUGUCCUCUGGGAUAUAGAGAGAUCUAUGAUCGACAAAAUAUUUGAAAUUCCUGCUCCUGAGGGGUCAACGCCAUCUCCCUCGCGUCAGAAGCAAAAGCAGAACCAAGAAAAAAGGGUCAACAUGCUAAAAGUGCUUAUUCACAAGGAGAAGAAGCUUGACCCGGCUUACCUUAAGCGUGUCACGGAGGAAAAUGAGGAGAAGAUGGAAACGGGUUCCGUCAUGUCCAGGAAAUCUCGAAUGAGUAAAAAAGUGUCGCGGUCAAACUCAAGGUUAUCUCGAACUUCUAAUAUUCAUCAACAGGGUGACAUCAAGGUAGACGAGAAAGAACAGAAGGAAUUGAUGGAUAAACUCACGGCGAGGAUCGAAGGGACCGAUGAGGAAACAGGCGACACUACGGACGCAAAGAAAGAAGAAACAGGCGAAGAGGAAAAGAAAGAUCCCGAAAAGGUGGAAGUAGAGGAAGAUCACGAGAAGGACGAUGAAAAGGACGAGGACGAAAAGGACGAAGACGAAGAGGACGAGGAAGAAGAAGAGGAGGAGGACAUUGAAAGUCGGUACAUUACGGAGACGUACGAUCCCAUUAUCGUCAGUGUCCACCAAGACUCGUAUAUCCGAUUCUGGACAAUGGCCGGACAGUUGAUACGGGAGGUUUCGGCCAUCACCCGACGCCAAGGCACACCAGUCACUGCCGUCUGCCAUGACGAAAACUGCAACAUAAUCAUCACAGGAGACCAGAAAGGUUACCUCACGCUAUGGGAUGUAGGCAAGUUUCUGAAGAAUCCCACCUCUACUGACCAGGCCUUAUUGAAACAAGUGAUAUAUUGGCGUGCUCACUUGAUGAAAGUGGUUUCCCUUGAAUAUAUCAACCCAUACAAGGCGAUAGUGUCGGGUUCGUCGGAUGGGUCAGUAAGGGUAUGGUGGGGUUCCAAGGGACGAUUCGUGGGCUUUUACAGUCAGCACAGAACCUUUAUCUGGCCGGUGUCUGAGGAGAAGGCAGGUCCGGCCGUACUACCGUACGACAUCACCGAGGCUCCCAUGGCCCCGGUCAAGAACAAAGGUGCUAAACAAACCGUCAGGACGGUGGAAAUGUACGAGUACCCACUAAUAUUUGACAAUAACAGGUGGGAACCGUUCCGUCGUUCCGCUUACAUGAGGCAGAAAGAGAGUACAAUUCCCCAGACGAAGAAAAAUAAUUUACUGGAAGACAAGAAGUUCUUUACUGCCUUGAUGAAGCCUAAGGGCAGCUUAGACCGAAAGCUUGGAAUCAGGAAUUCAAAUGAAAUAGAAGGGGCCUACAACCACCACCUUGAAAGUUUUACUCCCGGCGAUAAAAAUCAGGGAGCGAUUUAUCGUGCACUGCCAGUCUAUAGGAUCCGGACACCAAAACGGAUGAAAACUCCCGAGGCCAGUUAUACUGUUCCAGUAGAUAAUGAGUCAAAUUUUCUCUUCGGAACAAAUAAAAAAACCCAGUCUGAACAGGAUGCAACACCAUCUGCGCCAGUAAAUAAGAUGAAGAUGGCAGCACGCCGAAGUACGAUAUUCAAAUCUGGUACAGGCACUAGUUUUGCUUUGUCCCGACAUUCGGAGCAGAGUUCUAGCGAUGCCACGUCGAUACCCAAAAAGCGGUGACACAUCCAACGACUUUAUAAACAGUGUGAGAGUGACUCUUCCAACGAACAAUAUGUCCAUGCCAAAGAGACACUCUAAAGGAACUUUGUCAAAACAGGCGACGCCCUGAAUAACGACAGAUACUUGUGCAUGACCAGUUGGAAAUGUGUCGUUACCGAAGUAACAGUACUAUUGUGUCUAAGACAUGAUCUUUGAUCUGAUAGAAAAACGUAGUUUCUCUAUGAUUCCAAUCAGUAAAACAGGUAUGCAAAAUAAUCUUAGAAUAUUGGAAGAAACAAUUUCAAUUAUCAAUAUAUAAUACAUAUUAUACUUUUGAUAAGUGCAUUAUAUGGACAGAAUACCAGUUAACCACGUUAGUAGGUAAACAACCAAUACCACAGAAUUGCAAAUAUAUUUUAUUGAUUUAGACACAUAUACAGGUAUAUAUUGUCUUGAAAUCUACGUUUGAUCUCGGCAAUGCAUUGCUUGAUUAAACAGAAACUUCUAUAGGAUACUGAUAAAUCCAACAUGAACUGGAACCCUUCUUCCAGUCUCUCUUCCUCUAUAUAAUAUAUUGUUGGUUCACACGUCAGUAUGUACACAGCUUAUGGAUGUAUAAAUUAAUAGAAUGUACAAAAUGAUAUGGUAUAUGUAGGAUAAUUUGUUUGUAUGUAAUGCUUUAUUGUAUAAUAUAAAAUAUAUUAUGGCUAGAAUAUUUUAUCUAUAAUUGUUGUACGUAUAUGAUAAAAUGUUUAUCAUAUUUGUAUGUAUAUAAUAAUUCGUAGUGAAUGUUAUAUACAUAUAUAUCCGUGUAUAUAUAUCAUUGUAUAUAUUGUAAAGUAUAUCUGUACAUACUUCAUUAUGUAUAUUCUAUGUGAUGAAAAAGCAACCUGUGAUACAAAAUUGUUUUCUUUGUUAUGAAUAUUUCCAUACUUUUUUUGAUAAGUACUUUUUGUGAUAAAGUUGAUUUAGACAAAAAAUACAUCUACCAUAUUAUUAUUUUGUAAAUGUAUCUCUGUGUACAUAGUACGUCACGCGAUGUAAAUGUAAUUCAUAUGCUGCAUUCGUGGAGAACAGCGUGUUAGUUGUUAGAACUUGUCUCUCAUCCGUUUGUCUGUUUCGACAAUAAAAUAUGUUUAAAUC